CACCAAAAUACCCGGCUAUAUCAGUGCCGCUUACUGCUCAUUAUUAUCACCACUUCGUUAUCUUUCCUUUUUUUUCGUUUCAGACGCCUCGAGUAUCAAAUACCCCCUAUAGACCGAGACUGGCAAGCUCAGCCGCCAUCUGUUUGACGCAAAUACUGCAUCACACUGAACCAAUUUCUUUCCUUUGUCUUACUAUAUAAGAGGGCGAAUUGGAGUAUGUGGUGCCUUGGUUGGACAUGGAACAACCAUGUUCUGUUUUCUGUUUUACUUCAUUCUUUUCCUUUGGCGAUCACAGAAAAGCGACAAACAGGACACGACCUUCGUGGAGAAGUGGAGGGUGUGUCUCUUGUUUGCUUAUCGAAGACUGUUGUAAAAAAGGCCAGCGAGCAUAGUUGCGUUACUAUUCCCAUUCUUAUUUGUUUUUUUCUUGCAUUGUUGGGAGAGUUACCGCCUAUUAGAAGGGAGGUUUUCAAAGGCCAGGAUGCCGGACUGAAUAGUUUGCAAUAUAACGGUCGACGACUACGGUACAUAAUAUUUCGGAUAUUGCUUGGGGUCAAUGGCGGGAUCGGGCCUGUACCUAGGGCGACUGUGGUGAAGAAUUGAUAAUGGAUUGAGGUUGGAAAGUAAUUCACCCCUCUAAAUAUUACUACACUGUGAACCCAUUGAACCCAACUGUUCCUUGUCUCGGUUACUAGCAGGUGACGCCUUCAUGUUAAUAUUUGCUGGCUGACA